AUGUAUCAAUGCAAUGAAUCCCUGCAAUGUAUUUCGGCAAGACGCCUUUCCGAUGGUGUAGAAGAUUGUUAUGGAGGAGAUGAUGAAAAAACAAACAGAACUUGUUCAUUAAAAGAUAAAAUUCAUAUUCAAUGUCCUUCAGGAGAAAAAUGUGUAUCACAUAUGAUAGCAUAUGAUGUCGCCUCCGAAUGUCUAUUUGAAGAAGGUAAUGAAUAUUUUGUUGAAACACCAUCAUCGAUACCAUUUCCUAUAAUUUGCGAUGGUUUUAUCGAAGUAAAUUUGCAUAAAAUGAUUGAUUAUGUCUAUGGGAAUUCGAAUCUAUCAUCAAUCGAGACAGAUGAAACUCAUUGUGAAGAAUGGUCUUGUAAUAAUAUUUACACUCGCUGUGAUGGUUUUUGGAACUGUCGAGAUGGUAGUGAUGAACUUCAUUGUCCUUUAUUGAAUCGAUGUUCACCUAAAGGAUUCGAAUGUCUCUCACCUGAAACCUUCAAUAUAACUUGUUUACCGGCAUCAAAAUUCGGAGAUAAUCACAUGGAUUGUAUUGGUGGAACUGACGAACGAUUUUUUUGUCGAAAUAUGAAAAGUGCCCUAUUUUCUCCUAGAGACCUACAAAAAGAAAGUGGACGAAAUCAUUCACAGGAUACAACAAACUGUCAGACAGAUAUUCCAUUAGAAAUAUAA